UUCCCCUUACGCUGGAAGCUAUGCUGAGAUCUGUCCUUUGGGAUGCCACACCUCAUGCUAUGGGUUCACUUCUGCCUCUCCCUCUUUUCUUUCAGUGGCCGCGUGGACUAGGGAAAAAGAAAAACAUGUCUUCUGUGACCGGCACGUUCAGGAUAGUCUCCGAGGAGGAGCAGGCCCUGCGGGCCAAACUGGAGCGGCUGACCACCAAGGACCACGGACCGGUCUUCGGGAAGAGCGAAAAGGUCCCGGCGCACACCAUGCAAAAGGCGAAGGAUGAACUGAACGAGACGCCCGAGAGGCGAGAAUCGGCCAUCAAAGAGCUGCGGGAGAUGGUCCACGAAAGAGCCAAAGGAGGCGAGGACAUCUGCAAGGCAGUGGAAGAGAAAAUGAAGAACAAGGAUGACGCUUUUUUCCUUUGUUUCAUCCGGGCCCGGAAAUUCGACGUCAGCAGGGCUUACGACCUGAUCAAAGGCUACGUCAGCUUCCGCCAGCAGUAUCCAGAGCUGUUUGAAAACCUGACGCCGGAGGCUGUGCGCAGUACUAUCGAGGCUGGCUACCCGGGCAUUGUGAGCAGCCGGGAUAAAUAUGGGAGGGUGGUGUUGCUGUUCAACAUCGAAAACUGGGAUUAUGAAGAAAUCACCUUUGAUGAGAUCCUCCGUGCCUACUGCGUGAUCUUAGAGAAGCUGCUGGAGAACGAGGAGACCCAAAUCAAUGGCUUCUGUAUCAUUGAAAACUUCAAGGGCUUUACCAUGCAGCAGGCGUCAGGCAUCAAACCUUCCGAGCUGAAGAAGAUGGUGGAUAUGCUACAGGAUUCGUUCCCCGCUCGGUUCAAGGCCGUCCAUUUCAUCCACCAGCCCUGGUACUUCACCACGACCUACAACGUGGUCAAGCCGUUCUUGAAAAACAAGCUGCUGGAAAGGGUGUUCGUCCAUGGUGAUGAACUGGACACCUUUUACCGUGAGAUCGAUGCCGACAUCCUGCCGGCAGAUUUUGGGGGCAACCUGCCGAAAUACGACGGCAAAGCUGUCGCCGAGAAGCUUUUCGGGCCCCAGAUCAAUGCAGAAGACACGGCCCUCUAAAAAAAAUUCUUUUUUUAAAAUUAAACCAACAGAAACCAAGCAUCGCAGCAUAGGAAAAUAGGGCCAACGGCCAUGGUUUCCAGUGUUCCUUUUAAAUGUAGCAUUCAAAACAUCCGUGAUCAUAAACUCCAGGUGUGUGGGCGCCACACCUCUUUCUAGCCCCUUCGAGGCUUCUGACAGCGAAGC